AUGAGCUUGGUGCACAGCGGCAGCAGCUGCGGAGGCCGGGCCGAGAGCGGCUGCUGCGCCGCCAUGGCCAGCGCCUGCAGCGGCGCGCCCAAGGAGGACAGCGCCGGCCCGGGCAGCGCCACCGCCUCGGGCAGCUCCUUCGGCCACGACACGCAGGGAUACGACGUGGAGUUCGACCCGCCCCUCGAGAGCAAGUACGAGUGUCCCAUCUGCUUGAUGGCUCUCCGAGAGGCGGUGCAGACGCCGUGCGGCCACCGUUUCUGCAAAGGCUGCAUCGUCAAGUCUAUAAGAGAUGCAGGUCACAAAUGUCCUGUAGACAAUGAAAUUCUGCUUGAAAAUCAACUUUUUCCUGACAAUUUUGCCAAACGGGAAAUCCUUUCAUUAACGGUCAAGUGUCCCAACAAGGGCUGCAGCAUGAAGAUGGAGCUCAGGCACUUAGAGGACCACCAGCUGCAGUGUGAUUUUUCCACUGUGGAAUGCCCACAGUGCCAAGGAGCCUUCCCAAAGAACCAUCUGAAGGAGCACAUGACCCAAGAGUGUCCGAGGCGUCAAGUGUGUUGCCCAAACUGUGCCACGUCUAUGGCCUAUGAAGAUAAAGAGCUUCAUGACCAGACCUGCCCACUUGCCAAUGUAUAUUGCGAAUACUGCAACACAGUUCUCAUCAGAGAGCAGAUGCCUAACCAUUAUGACAAUGAUUGUCCUACUGCCCCAGUGCCAUGUUUUUACAGUGCCUUUGGAUGUCCUGAAAAGAUGCAAAGGAAUGAACUGGCACGACAUAUGCAGGAGUUCACUCAGGUUCACAUGAGGAUGAUGGCUCAGAGUUUCCAGAAUAUCAGUGUUACUGCUGCAAACCCUGUACCCUUCAUCAACGGCCUACCCUUUGAGCCUACCCUCUUCUCACACGUGUCACACGCUGCAUAUGACUGCAAUCCAGAAGUUGAAAACUUCAAGGAAACGAUUCAGCAGUUGGAAGGUCGUCUGGUAAGGCAAGAUCACCAAAUCAGGGAACUCAUUGCUAAAAUGGAGACUCAGAACACUCACAUGGCAGAACUCAAACGUACUAUCCGCAAUUUGGAGGGAAAGAUUACCGAAAUGGAGGCACAGCAAUGUAACGGUAUUUAUAUCUGGAAGAUUGAGAACUUCAGUGAACUGCAGAAAGCCCAGGAAGAAGAGAGACCUGUAGUGAUGCACAGUCCUGGCUUCUAUACAGGGAGGCCUGGCUACAAGCUGUGCUUGCGCCUGCAUAUCCAGUUACCAAAUGCUCAGCGCUGUGCUAAUUUUAUCUCUCUGUUUGUCCACACUAUGCAAGGGGAAUACGACAGCCACCUGCCCUGGCCUUUCCAAGGCACCAUCCGACUUUCUAUUUUGGAUCAGUCAGAAGGCCCAGAAAGGCAGAACCACGAAGAGGUGAUGGAAGCCAAGCCAGAGCUGCUGGCCUUCCAGAGACCGACGAUCCAACGCAAUCCGAAAGGUUUUGGUUACGUGACGUUCAUGCACCUGCAGAGCUUGAAACAGAGAGCCUUCAUCAAGGACGACACGCUGCUGGUGCGCUGCGAGGUCCUGACACGCCUGGACUUGAACAGUGUCCGCAGAGAAGGAUUCCAGGCCCGCAGCACGGAUGGAGCCAUGUAACCUGCCAGCCCUCACCACGGCAGCGGAGCCUCGCUCCUGUCUUUCCACUCAGAUCACAGAAGAGCUUCGUUGCCCACAAAGGCUGUGUUUGUAAAGGACUGAUCUUCACCUGAAUGGAACUUUGUUGUUGCUGGUAUGUUUUUUUCUACGUGAGCUCGUAUGUUUAAAUAUUUGGUAAGGUUCUCUCUUAAAAUGAGCUACUUCUGUAGCAAGCUAACUAAAUGAAGUGUUAAUCAAAACUUAACUGCCUGCAAGAAAAUCCUAUUGCAGAACCUGUGCAUCUCAGAUUGGUAAAACUUCAGUCAUGUCAAAUAGACCAGUAAGUCUUUUCACCUCAGUGCCUUGGAAUAGAUGCUGUUGCAAGGAAGGAGCACUGUUAAUAAAGGAUUUCUUUCAUUUGUUUUUUCAAAGCUUGGGAAAGUUUAGAGGGUUUCUGUAUUAACUUAUCUAGAAUUUUGCAUUGGCUAUGUGUCUCUUGAAGUUUGAAGUUAGGGUUAAGACUUUGUUCAUGUCACCGAGGGUUCAGGUAUGCUUUGGCCCUUUCCUCCUUCAGGAAGUUGCAUGUUGAUGCAGAGUUGAUGUUGGUAUUUCCAAAAGAUAUGAGGUAGUGUUGUGGAGAAGGCUAAAUGACUGAGCUGAGUUCAGUGAAGAAAUAUUUGUAAUGUGGUCUGAAGGUGCCUCCCUAAUUCUCUUUAUUUUGAUAGAUACUUCUCUAAGUGUGUGCUCUAGGCCCAGAAUGUCAACCACAAUCACCAAGAGAUACAAAAGUUUAGCAUUUGAAUGAAAUCCCUUUGUGCUGGUGGGAUCUCCUAGUGCUGGACAUGUUCCAGGUUGUGAGUGCACACAUGAGCAAAGGGAUGUACUAAACAGAGAGGGUGAUGCAGAAUUUGUUUUACUGCUGUUGAAACCUGAAUUCGUACCAAAGCUGAACUUGUGACUGGCAUCUGUUCAAGUGAUCUCUUGGUGUUGUGGGUGACAUACCCAAGUCAUCCCCUGUGAAUUCUCCAUGGGCAGCUGGCCAUAUCAGCAUCCAGCUGCUGGGGGUAUUUCCUGUCCCUUUAGACAAUAGGGGCUGGGUCAACUCAGCCAUUUGGAUGGUAAGGAAAACUUAUUAAUUCGGCAGCAUGAGGAAAAACUGUAAUCCUGUUUGCUUUUAGGAAGAAAAUCUGGCUGCCAUAGUCACUCAUUUAUCAAACACUAGAUUCACUGUGUCAAAGAUUCAUGAGGUUCCUAAUGCUGUGUGUAUUGUUUUCUGUACUGACUGAUUGUAUGCCAUGUAAAUGUUAAUUUUGACCAGUCAAAGCUGAACAGUUCAAGUUCAGUGGUGCUAAAAAUUUUAACUUUCAUGGUGCUGAUAAAGUUCUGAAUCUUGUCUUCAAAAGGAGGUAAGGAAAAGGUUUUGUUAACCCCAUAACCCAAGUACAUGUUCAGAUACUGAAGAAAGGACUAAACGAUGCAUGAGCUUAUAUGUAUUAGUGAAACAACCUAAAGACUGGAGACACUGCAGCUUAAGAGAUAGUGAAGAGUGUUCCAAUUAUUUGGCCUCAUCAAAGCAAUACCAGUGGGGAAAGGGCACAUGGCUUAAUAUAAACAGGACUAAAGAAAUACUUGAGUGGUUUGAGAGGGACUCUGCCUGCCUGCAUGAGAGGUAAAAGAUCCAGGACCCAACCUACCACUUUGUUCAUCAUAUCCAGAUGAGUAAAAUUUCUGCUGCAGGUAGAACCUAUUGGAUGGAAGAGGGACUGGGUUCAAUGGAGCAUUGUCACUAUUGAAACAUCAACUUCCUGACUAAUGGUAAAUGCAGUUAGUUGUUGGUGACUUCAGUGUAUUCUCUGUCAUUAGGGGCCAGGUGAGCAUAUGUUACUGAAAAUAGGGAAAGGACCUCAGCUUUGAAACCAAAGUAGAUUUUCUAUUGCAUAGCCUCCUCCUAUCAGCUGAAUUGUUCUGGAGUGUCUUCAGUUGGAGCAUUCCCAGUAGAGCCAUUAACCAGGAGCUGUCGAUAUCCAUGGCAGUGCACAGAGCCACUCUGCACAGAAGGCACUGUACAGGACUUCUCCAUUUUGGGGCUGUGUUACCUAUUCAUUUUUUUUCAAGAUGCUCAAAAACCGCCAUUCUCUUUUGUUACCCUUCUUAUUUUUUGGGGAGCAGGAGGGGAGGGAGGAGGAGGCAGUCAGAAAAAACACUUGUCAUUUGAGAGCUUCAUCCUGCUUCAGGUCCUUCCUCAACCCUAGCAAUGAGAAAAAUGUCCUUAUUCUCUGUUCGGAUCUCUUAUACUGAAGACCCACUAAAUGCAUUAACACUUUCUUUGCUUUUGAAGGUUUGCAUUCUGAAUGGAAUUUUUGCUUUGAACCUUUUCUGCUAGAUCUGAUGUACUUCUGCCUCAGAGGAGGAAAUUUCCCUGUGGUGACAGGGUGUAAAUGAUUCAGGUUAAAAUUGUACAAUAGCACAAGCCAAUAGGGAAUAGAAGGCUACUGCAUGUAUAAUUCUGUAUUGGCCACAGUAAUAUGGACGCUUUAUUCAUUGCUGCUAUUCUACUGGUUUUGUAUUUUUAUAUUGCCAACUAGAACUCUGAGUGAUGUCAAAUUACUGUAAUGUCAGAGUGUACUACAUGAGAGACUGUUAGAGCUAAUUUGCUAGGUAUCAGUUAAAUCUUACUGUCAUAAAAAGGUUAUAAAUGUUAAGGAAAUAUUUAUUCAUGUACUUGUUCCAUUUUCCUCUUUCCCCUUUCUUCAUAUCUCUUCUUUCGAGAACUUGUUUUACCGUGGUGGAUUGAGGUAUAAUUGCUAGAACCAUUUAAAUGGUAGGAGAAAGGUCUGCAGCGUUGUCUCUAAAUCAGAGAAAUAUUUUAAUUAACUCGUGUCCUGUGUAACUUGUUCAGCAAUGGGGUUUUGUUUUGUAACUCAAUGCUUUGCAGCAUUACAAGAACUCAAGGUGGUUUAAGAAGUGGCUUAGCUUCUUUUAUCUUCCAAAUUUCUGUUGUCUUUAACAUGUUUUAAGUCACCGACUCUUUGUAUGUGUAUUUGCAAAGCUGCUACGGCACAAAUUUUCCAAUUAUAAUAUAUUAUGAACAUGUUAUCUCUUUGCCUCUGAAUGUCUUCCCCUGCAGGGCAGGGAAAAUUAUUUUGCUAAAAAUGUUGGUAUGUAAUGUAUAUGUGGGAGCUCAGAUAAUGUGAGAUGUAUAGAGUUGUUUUUUAAGCAGUCUCAUGCUAUGUUGUUUGCUAUCAAGGGAUUAAACUUGCUAAUGAAGUGAAAUCAGGGUGACCUUUCUAUUCUUAUUUAGAGAUGGCAGCAGACCAAACACAUUGAUGGAUGCAAAAGAUUGUUCUGCAUCAAUGUUAAAGGUUUGUAUUGGUGUGCAUUUGAACAAAAUGAAAGUACUCCUGUUCCCUUGGAUGAACUGAUAGUUUAAUAUAUUUUGUAAUUGAUGCACAGCUAUGUUUCUGACAGAACUUUUAAAAAUAAACUAAUUAAACUGUG